AUGGGAGGAAAAAGAGCGAAGAAAGGAGAAACCAACGCAGACACAGGCGGAUCAAACCUGCAUCUGCACUUAGAUACGAGGCCGAUUGAGGCGAUUACGCCCCAGAACGAUGUGGGGAAGGCUACUCAGAAGCUGGAUACACAAGUUGGAAAAUGCAAGGCUGGCGUUGCAUGGAUCGACUUACUGAAGAUGGCCAAGCGUUUAAAGUUCGGCGUUUAUAACGACCGAGCAGAGAACGAGGUCGAACGGAACAAGCUGAUACUGUCGUUCCAGCAAUCUGGGAUUGUGUCUAUGAAAGAGACAUCAGCGAUUCCGAUAAUCAUUGACAUGAAGCGUUUGAAAACAGGACUUACGCUCUCCGCAGAUUUCAGUGAGCCAGACACGGUGCGAGAACUGGAGAUCUUGGACCAAGACAAGAUCAUCAUUGCGUCAGGCCAGCAUUGUCUGGCGGCGUUAAAGAAGUAUCACCAUAUGUUAAAGGACGAGUACGCGUCGCUGGAGAAGAAGCGCGACAAGAUCUCUGGGCUGACGAACGUAUCAGUUGAGCACGUUACCCAAUGGGACGACUUACGCGAGCAGAUGGGCGUGCUCCUUGGGAAGAUGGAGGAUAUUGGGAAGUGGGGCGUCGUGGUCUACAAUCAAUCUCUGCUAUUAGCAAAAGGAGAUACACUCGCAGCGCACCUUAGUCGCAACAAUUCGUUGCAUGAAUAUAAAGAGACGGAGGAGGAGGUCCUCAUCACGAUCUUCAAGAAGGUGUUAGGACGAUACAAGGACAAGGUGGACGAUGGGAGUCCAGAGGAAAAGGCGUUGGAAUGUCUUACCGAGUUGAGGAAAGAGCAGGAGAAGAACACCCGUUUGCAAAGGGUGCUUUCGAACGAUCCGCUCUGCCUGCUUCUUUCGACGGAGCUUCUGCCGUUGGGCCCCCACUUCCGUCACCGUCGGGAGUACUCUGUGACUUGGCUGUCGAAGUCGCUUGACGUGUGCGUUGGGGUGGGGUUGAUAGAUGAUUGGUCUAAAUUAGCGGCAGGCAGAUAA